CAGGAGAAAGUACGUCGCCCAGAGGAUCUGCUGUUUCCGAAAUGACGAGAGAAGCUAUAGCAAACUACUCUCAUAACACGAGCACGAAGGAAGAGAAAGUUCAUUCCGCCAAAGACACGGUAGAAACAGCUGGAACACACUACGCACCUCCGAGAUUUAUUUCCAUUUUUAUUCGUUCCCGCUCCGUUCGUUUGCCAGCCAUUUGCCGGAGAAAUAUUUUGCGCUCGCAACCACAGGGCGCCGUUGUUUCUCGUGUAUAGCUAGUUCUGGCAUUGUGCGUUUUUGGUAUAUUCACUCUGUUUCUACUGCUGCUAGUUGUAAAGCACCUUUCACUCGAUGUACACAGUCAUUUGUUUGAAGGAACUAGAGCUACUGAAACGCAUGUCGACUACACAGUAUAUACGUACGGCAAGAAGAAGUGAAGAGUUUAGAGAAGAGACUUUUCUUGUAUGAAUGAACGACCUACUUUUCCCUUUUUUGAUUGGGAACUCCCGACGACUACCGCCUUUUCUUUUUAGAUGUGAACAUUAUUAUACACAUCAUAUUCUCUAGGCUCCACCUCCUUCUUUUCUCCCCCAUAAGACUCUUUGUUCCGAAGGGUUAAGUGGAACUUGCCAUCGUUCGGCCGUUCCAGUCAGCUCGACGACGUGAAGUUGGGAAAGGCAUCAGUUGGAGCGCGCAGUUCGCUCACUUCACCCGCUCAUUUCUGUACUCUAGUGUUUCUUCACUCUAUUUUCCAAGUCUCUCUCUGCUUUUAUUCGUUUCACAUUUUAUUUGAGUUUUUUUUUUUUCUGUGGGGAAUUCUUUUAUCGUCUUUUUCUUUUACCUGAUUACCGCACACACACCCGGUGACGGUGAGUCGAUUCACACGGCCGGUAAGAAGAAAUACGAUGAGCCAGGUUGGUUGUUCGUCGGCUGUGCCGUUACCAUUGCUGCAGUCCGCUAUCAUCGGCUCGUACUCUACUUGAAGCAGUGGUGUGUUGAGCGAGUCGAAGCCGGACGAUCCAACGGGAUAGUCAUCUUCAUUUUCAUUCUCUCCAUAGUGUGUGGGUGACAUAGUGUGUUGUAGUGUGUUGUAUCAUGCCGUUGUUGCGUCUUCAACAAGUGUUCGGCUCAGAAACGAUCAGCCGAUCAGCAGUUUUGUGGAUUUAAUUUUUCGAUUAAAGACCUAGUUUAUCUCACUGUUCUAUUAAAUCGUGUGUGUUUUUUGUUUGUUUUCGUUUUGUUAAACGAACAUCAUCAUCUACAUCAUGUCGACUAAAUCUGGCUUAAAGAAAACUUUCUCGUGGCGUUUUGGUCCGUCCAAAUUCAGCCGGAAAAGCAAGCUGCAUUUAGAGGUGGAGGUUGACGAAGCGGACAAUCGUCGGCAUACUACCGCGUUUGGCUUUCAGCAGUGCGGGCCCAGUUCAGACGUCGAGCGGGACUCGAACGCAGAUACGAACAGCAGCGGCCCCAAUAGCUCGGUCGGAUUCAUUUCGGACAUUUUGGACGGUGUUGUUUUCACACCUGUCGGUUCGUCCGAGUUGCCCCGUCCUUCGCCCGACACUCGAUCCCGAUCGAAUUUGUCGUCAUUCCGCCCCACACCGGAAUCUGUGGAACCAGAAACUAUCCAUCCAGUUGCACCGGCAGCAGCGGGCGGCGCGAACCAGCUAGAGCCCAUCAAAUUGAUUCGAGCCAAGUCGCCACCGCCAACGGACCUCGAAACCCUCUUUCAGCGUGAAUUAGCGGCCAAGAUCAAGAAGCGCUGCCAAGAGACACAGCAGCGACAAUUGGAGUCUUCCUCUGCUCCCACUUCCGCUGGACCGUCGUCUAUUAGCCGAUCGCAGUCAUCCGCUUUGCCCCCAAUUCCGAAAACCAACGUCGAGCCAGUCGCCGCAGUUUCAUCCGAUGCAGUUGCGGCCGAAUUCGAGAACCCGCUUUAUCAGACUUUAGACGAGUGCUAUUCGGGAUCACCUGCGUUGCUUCCGCCGCCUCCGCCGCCUCCUCUUCCGCCAACGCCGGCAGCCGAUAACGACGAAGACGCCACCUACGCCGUCAUAGAAGAACGCAACUUGCCUCACUAUCAGACGGUUGUCUCCGGGGCCUUGGUGACCGAUAACGACGAGGAGGAAAGAGUCUACGCUGUCGUAGCCGACGGCAUAGCUGAAGAUAAGAUCUACGACACAGUGCAGCAAUCGGCUGUGGAAGCCGGUGCCGAUUCGGACGCCAUCUACGAGAAUUUGGAAGAAUUUCAAGACCGCGAGCAGGGCGAUCAGACCUAUGCCAAUAUUCGUCCGCCGCCAGAUUGCAGCCCAUUGCCGCAUUCGACCAACGUGUUAACUGCCUUGAUAUUGGACGUUGAAGCCGCUUCCGCCGCCGCUUCCGCUUCAUCAAUCAGCCGCUCGAGCAACGGCAGCAGUUCGGGAAAUUCGUCGUCCAGCCCGCAGCAGUCGUCGUCUUCUUCGUCCGUACAACUGUCACCGACUGAUUCAUUGGCCAACGUCAGCGUUGGAUCCGUUCGCAGUAUCAGCAGUCCCGAUUCCGGCGUCUUCGGACUACUCCAACCCGCCCAUUUCUCUUCCGGAUCAUCGACUUCAACCAUCAACGCAAAACAGGAAGCUUUGCCCACCGCUCAACACAAUUUCUUGGAUCAAACUUUGAAGCAGUUUGAGCGACUGGAGCAGCUGAGUUCCGGAAUUUUCGAGAACUCGCAAAAACAGUCCAGGAAGAUGGAAGACGACUCGUUAUCGACGAAAACGGAAGAGAAAGUUGCUGUACCCGAGCAGAUUGAAAAUCCAGUUUUACUCCCUGCCGUGAUGGCCGACGAUAAAAUCUUGCCCAUCUCCGAGAUGCCUAUCGAGACACUUCUGGAUCUGGUUGGAGCAGUUGAGCCGUCCGAAGAGAAUCGACCUGAAUCUGACGAAGAACAAGAACGCGUCGAUCCUCCACCACAGAUGCCGAUGUCUCCGCCUCCCGGCGAAUCCAUCCACACUUAUGAUCCGGGCAAUGAAGACGGACUUUUCCAGGCGUCGCUCGUCAGCGUCAACUCGCAAGCGUCGUCUUCAAUCAAGGAAAGCGACUCGAGCGACAUGGAAAGCCUCUCGAAGGAGCUCUUUUUUGUCCGAUCCCCGGAACCGAAGAUCAAUUUGGGUGCCCAAAUCGUUGAGGAUCAGGUGAAACGUACGCUGGAGAGGGAUCGCGUUCGCAACGAAAAGCUCGGUCUGGACGAUGUCGGCGAGUCAUUCGACAGACUCAGCUCUAAGCGCUAUGACGUCAUUAGUGAAAUGAUACCCAAGACCACCAAACGUAAAGAUUGGCUUCCUCCAACAAACACGGACCAGGACGGCUCUUCCGACCAGUCGAAUAUUCAACCGCUAGGUGGCAGCCGACGUCAGUCUGGCGGCGUCAAUAGCGAGUCUAUUCUGGUCAAGAAGGAGGAAACGAAAGCCUUUUGGGAAGGCAAGAUGCAGUCCGAACUUGAAGAACCUACUCUGCUGACGGGCAACCGCAACAACCGGGCGGUCAAAGUGGACCAGCAGCAACCACAAACACUUCAGCGCCAGCACAACACUCUAUCGCCUCCGCCCGGAUUCGAUAAUGAUUUCUUGGAUAACAGCGAUCAAAACGAAGAGGUGGAGCAGGAUGACGAACCUAUUCUGAGCAACAUGGAAUUCACCGACGUGGCUUCCAUCACCUUCAAAGGCGACGACUCCUCUGAAUUGGAUAGCAAGCCUUUUGUCGUCUUUGGCAGCUUUGAAGACGGGCCCAUCGAUGAAGUCGACGCCAGCGCACCCGCUGUCAGCGCCAUCGCCCCUGCGCCACCUAUUACCGAGGCAGUUGUUGUUGCAGCCGAGUCCAAACCCGAAAGAAGUCACGACGUACGCCCCAAAUCGCUGUACUUUGAGCCGGAUCGUGACUCAUCGUGCAGCGAAGACGAGCUGGAAUCGGACAUGAGUCCCACAUCGUUCUCGAUCGGCAAAGGCGUUCACUCCAUCAGUCCGCACUCCAAUCCGACCGAAACACUGAUUGAGCGCGAGAUAAGGCUUCAGCGCGAGCGUGAAGAAGCAGUUCUUCUCCAGCGUCAAAAGGCUCUCGAAAUGUUGGAAGCGACGCGUAAACAAGCCAAACUCCCUGAAGCAGCUCCCAGGAAAUCCCUCAUGACGGAAUCCAAUAAGAAGGACGGGCACAAAGCAAAUCAGCCGGCUGAAUUCGUCAAAAAGGCGGAGCCCAAGAAAGCCACUGAAGUGUUGGUGUCCCCGGCAGAGAUCCGCAUCUCGGAGGAGAUCCGCGAAUUGAAGCGACGCGAGGAGGAAUUGCGCCAGUUGAGAGAGUCAAACGUUCGCAACACGCAGAACGGGAGCGAGGAUCCGUCUUCAUUCACCACUAGUGGAGUCACCGAUGACGAAGGACUUUAUUCGGAUGCGGAGCGUGAUGUCAGCAGCAGCGAGGCCAACAGCAGUCGAGUUGAGAGCCCCGAAGCUGGCGUGAUUCCAAGCGACUAUUCGAAAUUUCCCCACCAGCGAACGCAGUCAAUGGACUCGAUGAGUUCCGGCCACAGUUCUGGCGAUCACGUCUUGGCCCCCAUCCCCAAUUCGAGCAGCAGCGCAGAAAGCAUGAAGCGAAGUGGUCGUACCGGCAAGCCAAUUGUCAUGCCUUUGGAGGAUCUGUCGGAUCAAGACGAAGCACCAAUUUAUCUCAGUAGGUCAAAAGAGACGCCUAUUGAACGCGAAAUUCGUUUGGGACGCGAACGAGAGGAAGCUUUGCGGAGAGAGAAAGGCCUUCAACCUGGAGGGAUGGCGGUAUCGGUAGCCAAUAAACAAAACGAAAAAGAGAACCGACAAGGACAGAGAUUUGCCAACGGGGGCAGUGAUAAACGGGAUGUCCAGCAUCGUUACGCAUCCUCAGUCAUCCAGCGGGAAAUGGACGAGAUUGCUGAAAGAGAGAACGAACUUGUUCGCGAUGGCAAAAUCCAAACCACAUCUGUCGAAAGAGCCGACUCUAAGGUUUCCAGCAUGACUGAUUACAAGAAAAAAGUUUCAUCGUCAGGACCAACUAAGUCUGUAUCGGCCACUCAAUCAUCUUCCACGAUGGAACUCACUCUGCAGCGAUCAGAGUCGGUUGCUGAGGAUCGAGAAUCGCAAACCGAGCCGCAAAGUAAAAAAAUGCCGCAAAUGAAGGUGACGUACGGCAGUCGUGGAUACGGUAACUUGACGACCACCGCAGCUAACGGUGGCCCAGCCGCGCCAGCAACAUGGCGCAAUUUCAGUAAUCCGCAAGGUGCCCAACGCGGUUUGAUGGAAAAGUUUUUCCUCUCGCGUGGGCGUCUCAACAGCCCGGCUACUUUCAACGCACCUUCACCGGCGGCAUCCUCGGCGCUUUCGUCCUCAUCAUCGUCAACAAAUCACAGCGUCGUCACCCCAGGAUCAUCGGCCGGUGAUCCUGUUGGCGUGAUCAACCACAGCAACAAAACGACACCAGCUCCGGUCCGUUACCUAGCGCCCGCAGUCAAACCCGUUGAACUGAUAACAGCACGAAGAGACGAGGUGGAUGAUCACCGCGAUAAAGCUGGACCUCCUCGCCGCCAUUACGCCACGACCGAGGAGAAAAUUCAGCAAGAAUUUCGCGAAAUGCAGAAACGAGAGGAAGAACUAAAGUUGAAUAGGAGCAGGUUUUUUGCCAAGUCGCAACCCAAUUUGCUCGACAUGGACGAUCAAGGUCUGAACGAGCCGGAACAGCGCUUGGAGGGACAAUUACGUAGUGCUCACUCCAUCUCUGACCUGCUCGCCGAUGAGUCGCAACCGGCGGAGAUGAGAGAGGAAUUGCCUCCGAUGUCAUCCUCCUCAACAGUCAAAGGAGCUCGCCGUAAAAGUGCACUGAUUGCUCAGUGGGAAAACAGAAUUCACCAGCAAGACUUUUGAGAAGCUUUAGAAUUAUUAUUUUUGAUUUAAACAUAAAAUUAAGCUUCCGUAAUAUAUGCAACACGCUUCUUUGUCUGCAGCUGGAAUAACGGACAAUCCCAAACUAAACAGUAUAUGCCUUUUCAGCUAUCCAGUUUUCUCGCCUCCCUUGGAAUUUGGUUUACCUAUCGAGAAGUUUUCUUCUCCCUUCUUUCAUCGUAUUCCCUCUCCAUAAUUGUUAUUAUAAACUUAUUCAUUCGCCUUAUAGCGUUGUUAGAACAGCGAGAGACCAAUCCCGUCAAGUAACCCAACGUUCAUGACAACUUAAUUUUGUUUCCAUUUUCCUAUCCUCUUUUUUUUGGUUUAUUUGUUAUUUCGUCAACUAUUACUUUACUUUAAAAAAAAGUUUGAAAUAUUCAGCGAUUCUGUGUGCCAGGCUUGUAGACUGAAAUUAGGUGAUUAAUCGCAUUAAUAUCGUGUGAAGAUUAAAAAGAGAUUUUUUCGAACUGGCUUCGAUGUAUAGCCCAUCAACGGAGCAACAUGGUGAUUCAUGAAAUAAUACAUGGUUUAUCUUGGAAA